AUGUCAACUCGAAGAGUCCGUUUUUCCAUGCCAUUGACAAGUGAACAGCCAGACCCUAUCUCGGCCGGUGAGUCCUUUGUCAGUGCUCUACAACAGAAAGCCUUGGCAAAAUGGUGGGGUAAUUUUGUACCCAUAGACCAAUGGACACCGCCGAACAUCCGGCAUAAAUUUAAGGAUUUGCCAUUUCGAAAAAAUGACAUGACUGCGGAAAUUCGGAUCGACACUCCGGAAAGUCACUUGGGAGAUUCAACUCCUGAUGUCUACAACUGCAACUUCGCCAGAGUGGAGGAGGCCAUUCAGGAACUCUCUGACAAGGUGGAGGAGCCAAUGGACUGUGAUGGUUCUUUGUAUGAUCUUGGGUGGGAUGGCAUUUCUGCUGUCUCACAGGAUGUUGGACCACCAUCCGAACAAGAUAUGGCAGCUGAGGUGGCCAAAGCCGCUGAUGACAAUGAUGACCCAGUAUAUGACCUCAGCUGGGUGGCAACAACGGUAGAGUUGACGGUGAUGGACAACAGUGUUAUUGAUCUAACGAUAGAUGAGACACCUGAACCCUCUGCACCACUCCCGAUGGAAGAAGAGGUUAUAGACUUGACCAAAGAAGAUUCUCCUGUUUAUGAUCUCGGAUGGGGAUCUAGUGCUGAUGACAAAGAAACAGCAAAAUCCGGGCAUUCUUCACCCAUAAGGAUGGAGAUGGAUGUUCGCAGUACAUCUUUGUCAAAUCAUGUGAGGGAGGCUGAGGACAAUAUCCUCUGGAGGAAUCGUUUCAUGAAGGCGAUCGGCAAUGACAUGACCGAUGAACAUGUUCAUGCCAUUGUUGAAAAUGCUGUCUAUGGAUUGAAUGGUUCCUGUGUUCCUAGCCAAAUACUCAUGGACAACAGGCAGACUUUCGGGAUGUUUGCCGAGUCACAAAACCGAGUUACUGACGUCAGCCUGGACAUCUGCAUGUUGCACGGCAUGAUUCAGCUUCAAUGUCAGCUGUUAAGAACUGUGGAUAGCAUCAUAGUGUCUCUGGAAGAUAACAAUAAUUAG